AUGAUAUCUCUGAAUCAAACUACAUUCAUACUUGUUGGGUUCACAUUUAGCCCUUGGGUUGAAAAUCUUGUGCUUUUACUUUUUAUACUACUUUAUAUUAUAUCUCUAACUGGAAACCUGUUGAUCAUUGCAGCCAUCUGGCUGGACAGACGUCUCCAUGUUCCCAUGUACUUCUUCCUCACCAGUCUGGCCUUCUUGGACAUUUGGUUUAUAUCAUCCACAGUUCCCAAAUUGCUCACUAUCUUGGCUUCCAAUAACAGAAUAAUUUCUUUACCUGGAUGCUUUCUACAGCUUUAUUUUUAUGUUUCUCUUGGAACUAUAGAAUUCUAUCUUUUAGCGGUCAUGUCAGUAGAUCGGUAUGUGGCAAUCUGUCACCCACUGAGGUAUCAUUCCAUCAUCUCUCUCAGGGUUUGUCUUUGGUUGGUUUUAGUGUCAUGGAUAUUUGGCUUUCUUACUUUCAUCUACCCCACAGUUCUACUGUUUGGUCUGAAUUUUUGUGGACCAUAUGAAAUCAAUCAUUUUUUCUGUGACAGUUCAGCAGUGGUGGAGAUCAGUUGCUCAGAUAUAAAACAGUUUGAUAUGGUCUUUGCCAGUUUUGCUUCAGCUGUAAUUAUGGGCUCGUUCAUCCUUACUUUGAUUUCCUACUGCAAUAUUCUUAUUACUGUCCUAAUGAUACCUUCAGCCAGUGGGAAAAUCAAAGCCUUCUCCACUUGUACUUCUCAUUUCACAGUGGUAUCAUUAGUCUAUGGUAGUGCCAUCUUUAUAUAUGUACGUCCAGUGGAAAGUUCAUCUCCUGACCUUAAUAAAAUUGUGGCGCUUCUUAAUAGUGUUCUGACACCAGUACUUAAUCCAUUCAUAUACAGCCUGAGGAACAAGCAGGUCCAACAAGUUUUCAGGGCCAGCUUCCAUCAGGUAUUUUCC